UCCUUUAACUGCCUGCACCAGUGACACAGUCAGCGAUGGAGCCGUCUGCAGGUGACAAAACGCGAAGCGCAGCUGCUUCUCUUUACACGGCAUUAAAUCUACCCUGAAGAAGAAAAUUGUCCAGUUUGGGCCAAAGUCAAGAAAAAACUACAAACGGAGUAUAAAAACCUUUACUUCGCUAUAAGGAUUUAAACUUGUUAGAAAACAAUUUUAUAGGUUCUUCUGGUGCAACUGUAUGAGUCUAAUUGGGACCUGAUGUUCGUCAGGGGGCUAUGGUGAGGCAAUGUGCACAGGUUGGUGUCAGGAGAGAUGUGCCACCAUCAGUGGAGAAAAAGAAAAGGGAAGAGGUAAAGGACAGGAUCUUUACUCAUGGCUGUAUGUGUCACUCUUGUUCUCCACUCUAUGGGGUCAAGCCACUCCUCAGUGCCCAGACGGCUGCCAUUGUGCCUGGGACACGGCCACUGUGCUGUGCUCAGAUGCAGGGCUGCGGGAGAUCCCAGAGGGGAUCCCUCCAGAGACUGUUUCCCUCCACCUUGAACGCAACUACAUCCGGAGCAUCCCUGAGAGUACCUUCAGCCACCUGGUUCACCUCCGGGACCUGUAUCUGUCCCACAACCGCAUCGACUCACUUGCCACGGGGGCACUGCGGCAUCUGGGACCUGAGCUGCGCCUGCUAGACCUUUCAUAUAACCAGCUGAGGCAGGCCAGCAGGGAGGAGUUUGGAUCCACUCGUGCAAAGACUCGCCUCUAUCACAAUCCCUGGCACUGUGAUUGCGCCCUCCAGGAGCUGAUGGAGACACUGAACCUGGAGCCUGAGACGGUGAACGGGAUCAUCUGUGAGAGUUCUGUGCGUGGGGUGGGCGAGGGGAGCAGGUGGGAGGACCCAGGGUCACAUGGUGAGCACACAGGUCAGCCACUAGUCAAACUGUUGGAUUCUGGGGUAAAUUUCUGCAGCUUGCAGAGAAAGACCACUGAUGUAGCCAUGCUAGUGACCAUGUUUGUGUGGUUCUUUAUGGUCAUUGUCUAUGUUGUGUACUAUGUUAGGCAGAACCAAGCUGAGGCCCGCAGACAUUUGGAGUAUCUGAAGAGCUUACCAAGCCCACGCAAGACUCCCAUUGAGACAGAUACCCUGAGCACUGGUUUCUGAACUCAGCUCUCAUUUAAAUGGAAUAAUGAAAUGCCAUCCUAAUGGAAAGUAACUGUGUUGUGACGAGUUACUAGAGGUGGAGGAUUCAGACAUGGAGGAAAAUAACCCUUUACAGCUGUUUGAUUACUACAUUUCUUUACACUGGUUUUUCUAAAACACUUUUUUAUCUAAAUUUUCUCAGUUUUAAUGAACAGUAUAAGGUACUUGUCAUACUAUCUUGACUGAGAGAGAGAGAAA